GGGAGAGAAGAGAGAGUAAACUUAUCCUCUGUAAGCAUGCAAAGCAUCAGUGACACCAUGUGCCUCCCCUUAGUUUUUCUGCUGCUGGUUCCUGUGCAAAUGACAAACAUUAUGGACAAUGAAAGGCCGAGGGUGGUUAGAAAACUGGAGGUGCUAACAAAGGCUGAGUGCAAACCAGUUGAGAAGCUUGUGAAUUUGAAGGAGAAGUUGUCUGAUUACGUAAAUCACAUCUACGUACCUUCAUGUGUCCCACUGUUUCACUGCUCUGGCUGUGCUGCUGAUGAGGCUUUGGAGUGCUAUCCUACAGCGGAACGCAACGUCACCAUAGAGGUAGAACGGUCUCGUCAGUUAAUAAACAUCACCUUUGUGGAGCAUCAGGCAUGUGGAUUUAGGAAGAUAGAGAAAAAUAAAAACAAUACAACACAAGGAGGGACAAGUGCACCAGGGACAGACGUUCAAAGGAUAAAGCUCAGAAGGAAAAGAAGAAAAUGUAAAAAGUCAAACUGAAUUUUCUCUUCUGUUGAAGAGGUGUUUUAAAGUGCAAAUUUAAAGUUGCAUCUAUCAUUUUUUUUCUUACUCUUUGCCUGAUAAGAAUAAAGAAAAGAUUAAAUGUUAUGAUAAAAUAGAAUUGUCUACCAUAUUGCUUAUCUCCUCUGUAGACCUUCAGUCCAAAAGGCUGCUGGUGAGCCAUUUCUGGAAGGUCACAGAAAGUUUGAUAGUCUAAACCAAGGAAGAAAUAACUAAAAAAAUUUUUGCAGCAGAUGAUGAGAUAUUUCAGGGUUUUGUCCUGAGGGGUAACUUGAUUUUUGCAUACUUUCUGUUUUUUCUUUAGCAAUCAAGCAAAGGUCCAUGUGUUUUCUGUAAAGUGAUUCUUUCUAUUUGACAUUCCUGCUGUUUGUGAGGCCAGAAAAUAAACUUUUUUGUGAUA